UGUCACCAUCUUUCUAAUCUAAUUUGGGAUUCAUCCGUCGUGAAUCUUUGGAACACGACUGGGCUGGAUUAUUCAACAAAAGUCUGGCAAAACUUCUCUUUUAUGAAUUAGUGGUUGAUUAAGGAAAUUAGAAAAUACAUAGUGCAAUGGCUGUUUCCACGAGAGUAUUUAAAAUUUUGGGUGAAAGUACCAAAUUUACUCAAUGUAUCAGAUUCAAUAGUUAUGAAUCCUCAAGAUGGAAUUUAAAACUAAAUGCGAACUCUAAAGUAAUAUGCCAAGGAUUUACAGGAAAACAGGGCACCUUCCAUAGUAAACAAGCAAUUGAGUAUGGAACUAAAGUUGUUGGCGGAGUUUCCCCUGGUAAGGGAGGGAAAACCCAUCUGGAUCUUCCUGUGUUUAACACUGUAAAAGAGGCCAGAGAUGCUACUGGGGCUGAUGCAACAGUCAUUUAUGUGCCUCCACCAGGAGCAGCAGCUGCCAUUAAUGAAGCCAUUGAUGCUGAGGUGCCUCUUAUAGUGUGCAUAACUGAAGGUAUUCCUCAGCAUGAUAUGGUAAGGGUUAAGCAUAAACUUUUGAGACAAGGCAAGUCAAGGCUUAUUGGGCCUAACUGUCCUGGAAUUAUUGCACCAGAACAAUGUAAGAUUGGAAUCAUGCCGGGCCAUAUUCAUCAAAAAGGAAUUGUUGGUGUUGUUUCUAGAUCUGGUACAUUGACCUAUGAAGCUGUGCAUCAGACUACACAAGUAGGUUUGGGUCAAACUCUCUGUGUGGGAAUUGGUGGUGAUCCCUUUAAUGGAACAGAUUUCAUUGACUGCCUUGAAGUGUUCCUUAAGGACCCAGAGACAAAGGGUAUUAUUUUAAUUGGUGAAAUAGGUGGUGUCGCUGAAGAACAAGCCGCAGAAUAUUUAAACAAACAUAAUUCUGGUCCCAAUGCUAAACCAGUAGUUUCCUUUAUUGCUGGGCUUUCAGCUCCACCUGGCCGUAGAAUGGGUCAUGCAGGUGCUAUUAUUUCUGGUGGUAAAGGAGGUGCUCAAGAUAAAAUUAAUGCACUUGAAAAGGCAGGAGUUAUUGUCACAAGGUCACCAGCACAAAUGGGUACAGAACUCUUGAAAGAGAUGCGUCGUUUAAGCUUGGUUUAGAUAAUGAAUAUAUAUAAUUUAUUUUUAUUGAUAUAUGUAAAUAAGUAAUAAAUAUUUUAGGCCUUUUAUGUGGUGAUAUUCCCAUUACUUUAAAUUUAAUGGGAUUGUUAAGAUAUGAUUGAUGGUAGCAGCGCACGGUCAUGUCCCAUAUUGAGGCUAUUCAACUUUUUUUUUCAAAAUUCUUCGAAUAUUGAAAUAUUUCACAUUGUAGUAAGGCAUUUGAGCACAAUUCAUUUGAAAUACGCAUGGGCAAUAUUAUAGAUGCCAGUUGUAAUUAGGUAGAUAAAAUUUUAAAUAAUGUAAUUUGUUCUUAAAAAUUGAGACUUUAUACAUAUGUUACUCUGAAUUUACAUUAUACAUUGUAUUUUUAAUUGUUUAUAUAAUCCUAAUCAGAUGUAAUUUUUAUUUUAUAUUGCAUAUAUAGUUAUUAUACAUUUACCUGGAUUUGUUCAAUAAACUUGUUAGAUAAU